AACCAAAGCUCUUUUGAAAAGGAACCCCGUCUGCACCCAUUCGUGCUUCAACCUCUGCCACACUUCCGCACAUCUGAUCCGACUUGUUCGUCCGUCUUCAGGAAACAUCUGACCGCCCACCAUGCCGAUCAAAUGGAGCGCCGAACAGGACCAGAAGUUCCUGAUGCUCAUCAUCGACACCGUCAAAGUCGACUACACGUCGAUUUCGAAUGAGUGGGAGAAGCGCUACCCUGGUGAGGACAAGCCAACCCCGAAGGCGCUCACGGAGCACGUCAGCAAGCUCAAGCGCACAUCCAAAGCUGCCAGCGGUGGUCAAGGGCUCUCGACUCCGCCAUCCAAGAAGGCAGGAAUUUCGAAGACGACUCCCGGCUCAAAGCGCGUGACUCAAAAGACCCCGACUAGCAGUGUUAGACGUGGCAAGAUCACUUCCAUGAGCGAUGAGGACGACUCUGAGGACGAGAAGAAGCUCGACUUCUCAGCUCCUGCAUCGAAGCGCGAGUCGGCCAGUCGCCGCAGUAAGACCAACAAGUCGUAUGCCGAGUCAGAGGAGGAGGACGAUGACGGGCUCGAUAUGCCACGCUCUGCCACCCAGCCAAAGAAGAAUACCAUCAUCGGGAAGGAGUCUGCUCGGAACAGUCCUUCCGACUCGAUUCUGGACACCAAUGGUGACCUUGCCAACCAUGGUCCAAUCGCUCGCUCGAAGAAGAGCCCGCUCAAGUAUAAUCACUUCAGCAAGCUAGGCGAAGACGACUCUGACAGCGAGGAUUUCAAGCCAUUGUAAUUGCCGAUCGACAGCUCUUCCACUGUGCUUGCAUGCAUCGAACAUAGCUAGUCACGGGCGUGGGCGUUCCGGGGAAAGUCUUGUACCAUAGGCCAGAUGUUGAGAUUGAAGAUUGAAGCUUGAAGGAAUUGAAGAAUCAGGCUCAAUCUCACAAAGUCAUCGAGUUAAUCAUCCCCC